AAAUGAUCCCAGAUCAGUGUCUGUUCCGAUGUCAUUCCAUCCCCCCCAUCGCGGUACUAGGUGCGCGCCAGCCUCGCGAUAGCCUCGCCUACUAGAAUCAAAGCUCCGCUCGCGAACUGGAUGCUGACAGGCGCGCGGUGCGGUCAUCAUGCAAAGGUUACACUGGAUCCGUUUCAGCGAGUCUCUAAAGAAGCCGCUUCUCCGCAGCACAAUGCGAGGCGGGUAGCAACACAAACUCACGCUCGGACUCACGUUUACUGGCCUGUUUUGGCCACAGCAGGUGUCUAACGAUGGACGCAAGUUUGGGAUUUCCGCAAACGGCAGUGUGUACGCUGGCUCCUCUCGGCGGUAAAGUGGCUUCAUGAGUGUCCAAAGUAACAGUGGAAGUGGUGGUGGAAGUUUGGAGGCGACGCCAUCUUGGUCGCAGCUCUCCUCGUCCCCAACGAUUUCUCAACAACCUAUAACGGCGACGGCAAAGAGCAAGGAAGCCCCAAUGGAGGAGCUGCACAGCCUGGACCCCAGGAGGCAGGAGCUGCUGGAGGCCAGGUUCACAGGAGCCGUCAGUGGCAACACCGGAGGCAGCACCGGGAGCACCAGCGGGGGUGCUAAGGGCCUGGCCAAUGAGUCCUCCAACCACAGCUAUGGCAGCCUGGGCUCCUCCAGUGACAAGGAGUCGGAGAGCUCUGAUUUGAAAAGAGGGAGCUCCCCUGCCUACUCAACCCCGGAGAAGAAGCACUCGGAAUCGUCCAGGGGGAGGAAAAGGAAAGCGGACACCUUUUCAGAGAGUAGUCAAGGGAAGACGUCCACACGUGGGCCCAAGAUCAGCGACUACUUUGAUUUUCAGGGUGGAAAUGGUUCCAGUCCUGUCAGAGGCCUCCCAUCAGCCCGCCGCUCUCCACAGAACUCACACUCUGCCCCGGGCUCACUCGUCCGGCAGAAUAGCUCUUCUCCUACAAGUCUGUGUUUUGUGGAACAGAAUAAAGCUUCCUCUACCAAGUGUGUCCAGACGGACUUAACGGGCCUGAAACUCGCUGCUCUGGAGAGCAACAAGAGUCUGGACCUGGAAAAGAAAGAGGGGCGGAUAGAUGACCUUCUCAGGGCUAACUGUGACCUGCGGAGACAGAUAGACGAACAGCAAAAACUCUUGGAGAAAUACAAGGAGAGGCUCAACAAGUGCAUCACCAUGAGCAAGAAACUGCUGAUAGAGAAGAGCACCCAGGAGAAGCAGUCGUGUCGUGAGAAGAGCAUGCAGGACCGACUCCGUCUCGGCCACUUCACCACCGUCAGACACGGAGCGUCCUACACGGAGCAGUGGACGGACGGAUACGCAUUCCAGAACCUGAUCAAGCAGCAGGAGGGCAUCAACCAGCAGCGGGAGGACAUCGAGCGCCAGAGGAAGCUGCUGGUCAAGAGGAAGCCUCCAAACCCCGCCUCCCCCUCGCUCUCCGUGGCCUCCACCUCUGAACCCAAGCAGCGCAAAACUAAGGUGGUCAACGGCAACGACUCCGACCCCUUCCUCAAGCCCUCCUUGCCCCAGCUACUGACCCUCGCUGAGUACCACGAGCAGGAAGAGAUCUUCAAGCUUCGCCUUGGACAUCUAAAGAAGGAGGAGGCUGAGAUCCAGGCGGAGCUGGAGCGCUUGGAGCGGGUGAGGAACCUCCACAUCAGAGAGCUGAAGAGGAUCAACAACGAGGACAGCUCGGCGUUUAAAGACCAUCCCACCCUGAACGAGAGGUACCUGCUGCUGCACUUGCUGGGCAGGGGCGGCUUCAGUGAAGUCUACAAGGCUUUUGACCUGUUUGAGCAGCGCUACGCAGCUGUUAAAAUCCACCAGCUCAACAAGAACUGGAGGGAGGAGAAGAAGGAGAACUACCACAAGCAUGCAUGCAGGGAGUACCGGAUACACAAGCAGCUGGACCAUCCUAGGAUAGUCAAACUCUACGACUAUUUCUCCCUGGAUACUGACACGUUCUGUACAGUUCUGGAGUUCUGUGAAGGCAACGACCUGGACUUCUACCUGAAGCAGAACAAGCUGAUGUCGGAGAAGGAGGCCCGCUCCAUCGUCAUGCAGAUCGUGAGCGCCCUGCGCUACCUCAACGAAAUCAAACCCCCCAUCAUCCACUACGACCUCAAACCUGGUAACAUCUUAUUGGUGGAUGGCACUGCGUGUGGAGAAAUCAAAAUCACAGACUUUGGCCUGUCUAAGAUCAUGGACGAUGAUAACUACGGCGUGGACGGGAUGGACCUCACAUCACAGGGAGCAGGCACCUACUGGUAUCUUCCUCCAGAGUGUUUUGUGGUGGGGAAGGAGCCCCCUAAAAUCUCCAACAAGGUGGACGUCUGGUCUGUGGGAGUGAUCUUCUUCCAGUGCCUCUACGGACGCAAGCCGUUUGGUCACAACCAGUCCCAGCAGGACAUCCUCCAGGAGAACACCAUCCUCAAAGCCACCGAGGUCCAGUUCCCCGCUAAACCCCAGGCUACCACAGAGGCCAAGGCGUUUAUCCGCCGCUGUCUGGCCUACCGUAAGGAGGACCGCUUCGACGUCCACCAGCUGUGCUCAGACUCCUACCUCCUCCCACACAUGAGACGCUCCACCUCCUCUGGCACCCUGCAGCCCUCCUCAUCCCUCGCCACCUACUGACUGUCACAUGACUAACUCUGGCCUAUCACAGGGCAGGAAUCUAUCUUUUUUGUUCGUUUACCUGAGCUGUUUCCAAAUGGAUGAAUAAAUAAGCAACAGAAAUGGACAAAAGUAAGAGAGAAGGAUGCUCCGUUUGCAUAUGUCCUUGAACUCAACGUGUGAGGUAAGAAGAGGGGCUCGGCUUUGUUUGGAGCCACGAUGAUGGAUUCUUUAUGGACUUUAAUAAAUAACCCCGUAAGAGACAUUUCAGAACCUAUAGGAGCUCAUUGAUGCCCUUUCCAUGCCGCUGUUCCAGAUGUUCUCUCGUCACUGAUUGGACGUUGGCUUUGAGCAGCGGGUAGCAGAAGACAGGGCUGAAGAGGUGCACGUUUCCAUCAAAUACAAGCUCAGAUGAACACUGCAAUCCAUCUUUCCGAGGCACAGAAUGACUCAUAAAUGGCAAUUACUUCUACCCUUAUAGUCCCUCUGCACUUAAAAGUGAUGUUACCUUGAUGGGACUUGAGAAAAAUUGAGAAAAAAGUUCCAGAUUAAACUUCUGGUGUUUAUUUGCACUUCCGAUUCAGAUCACGGUGAUCUGGUGUCAACACAUUUGGCAUGAAGUACUUCAGCGUGGGCUCCAUCAGUUCUACUUUUUUUUCAGAUCUACUGCCAAGUUUACAGGAAGUGGAUCUGAGCAUCUGUCUUAAUCCAUUUUUGUUGUUCAGAUGAGAUGUUUUUGAAACCGCUGACCCGAGGGACUGGAUCAGCCGUUACUGCUGAACACUCGGUGACACUCAGCGUGCAUUUCAUGUGCUGGAGACAUUACUCAUUAGCAAAUACAUAAAACUGAGGCUUCUCUGUUGCUUCCCUGCGUCUCACUGCGUUUAUUUCCCAAAAGCUGUUCUCAGUUUGCUGCUAUUAAUGUUGCUUUUUUUUGUUUUGAAUUGUGUGAAUGCCUCGCAUAUGUGCAUACUUGAACUGAACACUGCAGACACCCUGCUGUGCUAUUUGGUGCGGGGGUGCAACACAUUUGCAACACAUUUGCAACCAACAUGUCCACAUUUGUUUUUGGAGCAGUAUGCUGCAUAGCGAGGGACGGUCAUGCCAGAAGAAGAAGAAGCUCUGGGCUGUUGCGGCGUGGUUUACUCAGAAUAGAGAGAAUAUAUCCAAAUGUUGUCGUCCUGUAAAUAAAACACUUACCUGUU